AAGAAAAGAAAAAGAUGAAGCAAAUCCAGAAAAUCCCAUCUUCUUCUUCUUCUUCUCCUGUGAAGCCUGGGAAAACAACCACAAAUGUCCAUAGUUUCUCCCUCUAUAUUUUCCUUAUCAAUGCUGUUUUCUUCUCCGCCGUUUAUUACCUCCUCAUCAGGUGGCGUGAAAAGAUCCGCCAUUCUAACCCUCUUCAUGUUCUCUCCUUCUCUGAGAUCGCCGCCCUCUUCACUUUCCUCUUCUCAUCUCUUUACCUCCUCGGCUUCUUCGUUCGCCCCCUUCACAACCAAGAAGAUGAAGAAGAAGAACAAGAGCAAGAUGAUAAUAAUGUUAAGAAACUACCACAAGUGGCUCUCGAGCAAAAGCCUCGUAAAUGUGCUCCAAAAUACCAGCUAGAGGGGGAUGAUAAUGAUGAGGAGAUUGUUAAUGCUGUGGUUGAAGGGAAGAUUCCUUCAUACUCUCUUGAAUCCAAGCUAGGGGAUUGCCGGAGGGCGGCGGGGAUUCGGCGGGAAGCCUUGGAGAGGAUAACAGGGAAGUCCUUAGAAGGACUUCCAUUAGAAGGGUUGGAUUACGAGUCUAUUUUGGGACAGUGUUGUGAGAUGCCAGUAGGGUAUGUGCAGAUCCCAGUGGGAAUUGCUCGCCCGCUUUUGCUUGACGGGAAAGAAUACUCUGUCCCCAUGGCCACUACCGAGGGUUGCUUGGUGGCCAGCACCAACCGGGGCUGCAAAGCCAUCCUCGCCUCCGGUGGGGCCACCAGCGUGGUCUUCCGGGACGCCAUGACUCGAGCUCCGGUUGUGAGAUUCGCCACCGCGAAACGGGCGGCGGAACUCAUGCUCUACUUACACGACCCAAAGAGUUUCCCAACGCUUUCCGCCGCUUUCAACAAAUCCAGCCGCUUCGCCCGGCUCCGGAGCAUCAAAUGCGCCAUCGCCGGGAAGAAUCUUUACAUGAGAUUCUCCUGCUCCACGGGAGACGCCAUGGGGAUGAACAUGGUCUCCAAGGGCGUCCAGAACGUUCUAGACUUUCUCCAGACCGACUUCCCCGACAUGGACAUCAUCGGCAUCUCCGGCAACUACUGCUCCGACAAAAAACCCGCCGCCGUGAACUGGAUCGAAGGCCGCGGAAAAUCCGUGGUGUGCGAGGCCGUCAUCAAGGAAGACAUCAUCAAGAAAGUACUCAAAACCACCGCCGCUUCACUAGUAGAACUCAACAUGCUUAAAAACCUGACCGGGUCCGCCAUGGCCGGAGCUCUGGGCGGGUUCAACGCGCACGCGAGCAACAUCGUGUCGGCCGUGUAUAUCGCAACGGGGCAAGACCCGGCACAGAACAUUGAGAGCUCGCACUGUAUCACAAUGAUGGAAGCCAUUAACGGGGGAAAGGACCUCCACGUGUCGGUGACCAUGCCGUCGAUAGAGGUGGGCACCGUGGGAGGGGGGACGCAGCUGGCCUCUCAGUCGGCGUGUUUGAACUUGCUGGGUGUAAAGGGUGCGAGCAAGGAGGAGCCGGGGUCGAAUUCUCGACGGCUGGCCACCAUUGUUGCCGGGGCUGUUCUUGCCGGGGAGCUUUCCCUCAUGUCCGCCAUUGCAGCUGGGCAGCUUGUUAAAAGCCACAUGAAAUACAAUAGAUCUAAUAAACCUCCAACUUCUUAGAAUAUUGCAUACUAGGAAAGGAUAUGCUGCAGGAUCUAUGUCACAAUUGACCAAGAUUCAAAACUUGAUAAUUUAUUCUGUGGAUCUGUGUCCACGUUGUAAGGAUGGGUCUUGUUUUAAAUGUUUACAAUUUACUUAAUGUUCACAAUUUGUAUAUUACGAAUACACAAUCUGAAUGUUCAGAACUUACUUAUUAAA